AUGCUGGUUUUACGUCCUCUGGUCCUCCUGCUGGCCGGCUUCACCCUCUUCAGUGACGAACAGGAGAGAUUUGUCUGCAACACCAUCCAGCCAGGGUGCUCCAACGUAUGUUUUGAUGUGUUUGCUCCUGUCUCCGUCCUCCGCUUGUGGCUCUUCCACUUUAUUCUUCUCUGUCUUCCUCACUUGAUGUUUGCAACUUACAUUAUGCAUAAAGUGUUGUCAGCUCGCAAUUUCGGAGCCUACUUCUGUGACAGAAGUCGGGGAAGUUCUCCUUUUAUGCGUGAGAUCUCAAACUCCUCGAGAGAAACUUCCAUCAGCAAAGCUCCACUUCAAGCCCCUCAGAGUGGUUGGGCCACACCACGCUUCCACUGCACCUACAUCCUGAUUGUGAUUCUGCGGAUUCUGCUAGAAACUGCAUUUGGCGCGGGACAGUUCUUCCUCUUUGGUUUCUCUCUACCAAAGAGUUUCCUGUGUUAUGAAGCUCCGUGCACAUCCGGUGUUGAAUGCUAUAUCUCCAGGCCAACUGAGAAAACCCUGAUGCUUAACUUCAUGCUGGGUCUUGCCUCCUUGUCUGUUCUACUCAGUUUAUUUGACCUGGUGAGCUCCAUGAAUGCGAUGAUGAGAUGGAGGAGAAAGAGGGCGAUGCUGGUGGAGGAAAUGAGUAAAGGAGAGCAGAGCAGCGUGUUCACAAGCACAAGUGGGGCUGAAGACAUUGAUGCUCUUUUGACCAAGAGAGCCGCCACCAGUGGGAGCCUGAAGAGUGACGUCAAAGAUGAGAAAAAUAUCUCUAGCAAUGUGACAAAUAGUGCACUUGUCCAUGCAAAGCUGAAUUGUGAGUCCACUGUUAAAGCCGACAUCUCCGGUGAUGAGAGGAUCCCCGAAUCCAAAGAUGCCAAGAUGGAGGUGCCACGCUCGCCGACUCCCAUGGGCUCUCCGAUGCCACCUCAGUUUGUCCUCCACAGCCAUCUCAACAAACCGCCAUUAUCCCCUCGCCCAGAUAGAGGACCACCAUUAAGCCCUAGGGUGCCCACACCCAUAGGUGGUAAAAAGUUGAGCCAGUGCACCUCAGUGGCAACAAGCUCAGGGCAGCAGUCUGAGAACAGUGAAGCUCAGGACAAAAGGGCUUGGGUGUAA